UCCUGUAGGCGUGUCUGAUCUGAGCAGUUUUUACUUCUCUAUUUGGCCGCUCCGCUUGUUUAGACCAACACCGAACUUAGAUUAACUGAAAUCUGCUGGAGAGAUGAGUUCUUUCAGUGAUGAAUCUUUCGAGGACUUGAGUGACGAGCUUGCGAGUCUUGGGUGGUACCACUAUGACCUGUCCCGCCAUGCUGCAGAAGCCCUUCUCUUGUCCAAUGGGACGGAUGGAAGUUACCUCCUGAGAAACAGUAAUGAGGGACCAGGCUGCUUCGCCCUGUCUGUUAGGGCAAAGGAUUCAGUGAAGCAUUUUCAGGUGACACGAAAUAGCAAUGGCUAUGUGUUUGGUUUUAAUGAGUUUCCAACCCUUCAAGACUUUGUCAACCACUUUGCUAACCAACCUCUGCUGGGCAGUGAUGCAGGAACCCUCAUUGUUUUGAAGUGUCCGUAUCCAUGGCGUGUGGAGGAGCCGUCUAUUUAUGAAUCUGUACGAGUUCACACUGCCAUACAGACAGGACGCACAGAGAAUGAUCUGGUAGCAAAUGCACCAUCGCUGGGGACAAAGGAAGGCUUCCUGGUGAAGCAAGGAGCAAUUGUGAAGAACUGGAAGCAAAGGUGGUUCACACUCAACAGAUAUGAACUUAAAUACUUCAAAGACAAAAUGUGUGAGGAACCCAUUCGAACCUUAGAUUUGAGGUCCUGCUCUGCAGUCCAGUUUGACUACUCUCAGGAUAAAGUCAACUGUUUUUGUCUCGUGUUUCCAGAUCGAACAUUUUACCUUUGUGCUAAGACGGGUGUGGAGGCAGAUGAGUGGAUCAAGAUCCUGAGGUGGAAACUGUCCCAGAUAAGAAAAGGCAGAUGAUGGCUGUCACUGGAGAAUCAAGAUGGAAGGAAGACCCAACUGCACCGAAGGACUGAGAUCAACAGGAUGCACAAUAAUGAACAACAGGAAAAACAGAAGGAAAACAAUCACUGAGUUAAUUUGAAUUACAAUUUGAAUUGAAUUAGCUGGGCUGGAUAGCAAGGUGUAUCUAUAGAUUGUAUGGGUUAAUCAAACAGACAAAUACCUGCUAAUGGGUAACGCUAAAGAAAAUAAUAGAAUUUCACUCAUUCACUCAGAUAACUGAAUCUUGGAAGUUGUGUUCUUCAUAUCAGCAGUGUGGCUGUUCUCCACUGACAUCUACCAUCAACAAGACAUUUUCACCCACAGGACUGCCGCUCAGAAUAUGUUCUGUUUUUCUGAUCAUUAUCUGUAAUUCCUACAGACAGAUGUGAGAAAAACUCCCAGUAGAUCAGUAGUUCCUGAAAUACUUUGACCAGUCUGUGUGGCACCAUCAUCCAUACCACUUUUAGAGUCACUUUAACCAUUUUAUUCCUUAUUCCGAUUGAACUCGGCUUGAACUUCAGCAGGUUGCUUUGACCGUGUCUACAUGUCUGAAUGCAUUGAGUUGCUGUCUUGUGAUUGGCUGAGACAUUUGUGUUAACAAGCAAUUUAACUGGUGUACCUAAUAAGUGAGAGUUGAGUGAAUGAAUCAUAUUUGUUUAGUACAAUAAUUUAAUGUGAUAUAUUAAAACUACUUGAAAAGCCA